AUGCUUCAUCUAUGCUCAAACCUCCAUUUUUCUAUCAAAACAUGGAGUUUCCUCUUCAUUUUCUUCAUUCUAGCUUUCUUUACUACUCUCAACUAUCACCAUAACUCACCACCAACUUCCCUUUUUUACUUCAACACUUUCAUCUCUUCCGCCACUAACUACACCCUCGCUACCUACCUCCGUCACCUCACUCUCCACCCUCAUCUUGCUGGUACAACCCCUUCCCUUCAUACUGCUCUUUACGUUAAGUCUCAUUUCCAAUCCUUAAACCUUCAAACCCAUGUUACUAAUUACACUGUUCUUCUAUCAUACCCUUUGUUUUCUUCAGUUAUUCUCCAUUUUCCAAAUGGGUCGGUGCUUUCUUUAGCUUUGGAUGAGCCGGGUUUUUCUUCAAGUGGUGUUGUAAAGCCAUAUCAUGCUUAUUCACCAUCUGGGUCGGCGUACGGUAAGCCGUGUUUUUUGAAUUAUGGGAGGGAAAAGGACUAUAUUGCCCUUGGUGCGAAUGGGGUGAAGGUUAAAGGAUGUGUUGGGAUUGUGAGGAGGGGUGGUGGGUUAUCGAGGAAUGAGAUGGUGGAGAAGGCGGCGGCGAGAGGGGUGGAAGCGGUGUUGAUGUUUACGGAGGGUGAGUUUGAAGGUGGGGUUGAAAGAGGGACAGUGAUGAGUGGUUUAGGGGACCCAUUAAGUCCUGGGUGGGGUGGGGUUGAGAAUGGGGAGAAGUUGAGAAUAGAUGACCCUUUGGUGAUGCAAAGGUUUCCUAGUAUACAUUCAUUGCCUAUAUCAAUGAAGUCAGCUGAGAUUAUAUUGAAAUCACUUGAGGGACCUGAGAUGCCUUAUGAAUGGAGAAAGAGUUUGAGAUGUAGUACUAGUGGAAGACUUGGGCCUGGACCCAUUAUGAUCAACUUUACCUACCAGGGUGAGAAAAAGAUGGCAACAGUUCAUAAUGUUUUUGCUGUCAUACGGGGAUCACAAGAGCCUGAUCGUUUUGUACUUCUUGGAAACCAUAGAGAUGCAUGGACUUAUGGAGCAGUUGACCCCAAUAGUGGAACCGCUGCCCUGCUUGACAUUGCUCGUAGAUAUGCUCUUCUCAUGCGUUUGGGUUGGAAUCCUCGGAGAACAAUCAUUCUCUGCAGUUGGGAUGCAGAAGAGUUUGGGAUGAUUGGAUCAACUGAAUGGGUUGAGCAGAAUCUUGUCAACCUUGGAUCUAAAUCUGUGGCCUAUCUAAAUGUGGAUUGUGCAGUUCAAGGCCCUGGGUUUUUUCCCAGUACGACUCCUCAGUUUGACAAUCUGCUUACCGAAAUCACCAAGAAGGUUAAUGAUCCAGACUCAGAGGGCAUGACUCUUUAUGAAAGAUGGACAGCUGCUAAUAGAGGUAUCAAGAUUCAACGGCUUAGUGGAGUAGAUUCAGACUUUGCCCCAUUUUUGCACCAUGCAGGUGUUCCUUCUGUUGAUCUGUACUAUGGCAGAGAUUUUCCAGUAUAUCACACAGCAUUUGAUUCCUACAACUGGAUGGUAAAUUUUGGGGAUCCAUUCUUUCAGCGGCAUGUGGCAGUGACAGGAGUGUGGGGACUUCUUGCGCUUCGCCUGGCUGAGGAUCCGAUUUUACCUUUUAACUAUCUUCCAUAUGCUGCUGAGCUGCAGGACUAUACCCGUAUCCUGAGUAAGUUGUUGGAAGGAAGAAACAUCUCGUUGCAUCCUAUUACUGCUGCCACUCAAGAACUUGCAGCUGCAGCUAAAGAAACUCUAGAUGAAGCAAAGAAACUGAAAGAAGAUAAAGCCACAGACGAGCACACAGCACUGAAACGACGAAUAUUAAACGACCGGCUCAUGUUUGCUGAGAGGGGCUUUUUGGAUGCAGAAGGGCUUCAGGGAAGACCAUGGUUUAAGCAUAUGGUUUAUGGGCCUCGUAAUGACGGUGAAAGUGAGUUAGAUUUCUUUCCUGGAAUAGCAAAUGCAAUAUCUAAAUUGUCAGGCGGUGGAGAGCAGAAUGCAGCAAUUCAGCAUGAGAUUUGGAGAACUGCAAGGGCCAUACAAAGAGCUGUUCAUGCUCUUAAGGGUGAACUUAUUACCUGAAAGAGAAUGCUUACAUUCAAAAACAUAUACUCAUACUUGUACAUACUCUUUUCACCUUUUUUAUUAAUAAUUUGUAAUUAGAGUAUUGAAGUUUUAUAGGA